GUAUGUCGCAGCAGCUUCACCUCAGCGGAUUGAACGAAAGUGUUUUCAGCGCUUGUUCAAGAAGCACAGUUUCUUUCUGGAAGCAAACCAGUCUAUGCAUUAGUGUCUUGCAGAAGAGAGAGCUUGGGGCGGGUAAAUAAGUGAGAAUGUAUUCCUGUCGAUGCCCUUAACGUUCUGGUUCGAUGCAGCGAUAACGUUUUCCAUCAGAAUUAACGCAGGCCGAGUGGAGAGUUUUGGCGAGGAAAUGGCCAACUAGAAAACGCAGACCACUUCUCUUGACAGCAUAGAAGGGAACUAAGCAUGUCGACUGGUCGCACGAUUAAGAGAAGAACGGAAGAAGCGGAUAGUGACGUUCAACGUAGUGACCCUGAAAGCUAUAAAUGGGACACGGCGAAGUUGCUUCACUGGGCCGUUGGAUUAUCAGGCUUUGCCUACGUCAUUUGGAGUUUCGCCUCUGACGAAAAAAACUACCUACUUCCGAAACAAAUGCGAGGCGCCUUCAGGCCAAGUCCAUACGGUCUUCAGCGAAGGCAGGACGCGACAAGCUCUGGAUGGCAAGUGGAACGCUCCUUCGUCGUGGCAUCCUGGAAGUGGCUCCUGCUACACCCAGUUCUAGCUAGGGCCACCGCUUUCGCUGCGCCUUCGAUUCUUCCGUUAUUUUACGCCGGAUACUCAGUGAUCUUCGUAGCGUCGCUACUAGGAGUCGAGGUGGCGAUGAUCUUCCUGGCUCAGCAUGCCUGUUCUUCGUCGUCGCCAGGUUUCGCUCGCCAGCACUCUGCUACACUGCUGGACUGGUGCUGUUACUGCUGAAAUUCUCCGCCCCACGAAAUUUGAUGCAGGUGAGCAAAGUAAGACCGGAUUUCAAGCCACAGGAGGUGAUCGCCAUCGUGGGAAGGCUGGCUCGGAGCGGAGUUCACUUUGUCCUUGUGGAGGCCUUCACUCAUUACUUCUACAGUUCAGCGAUGUCCAAGCUUCUAUGGACCGUCGAGACACUGGACACGGCGAGUCUUCUGGGAUACGGCUUGGCUCUCAACUUCUUUUUCUACCUGCGUUACGUAUUCUGCUACGGCUUUGCAGGGGCUCUGGCGAGCGCCGAAGGCAUCGUGCUCCCGCCGUACUCAAAAUGUAUCACUAGGCUUACUCGAUGCACACACUUCUGGAGAUACUUUGACAGAGGCAUGCACCUGUGGAUCAGAAGAUACGUAUAUGAUCCCCUGGUGGGCGACAGGAGGGGAGCUGCAUGGAUAUUACUAGGUGCUGCGUUCGCGUUCGCCUUCAGCUGGCUUUGGCACGGAAUGGACAGGGUGGCCACCGUGUGGUCCGUGCUCAGCGUAUUGGGCAUCGCUGCCGAAGUCCUGGCUGCUGAAGCCAGGAAACUGCGACCCUUCAAGGAUUUCGAGGAGCGGUACCUAACUACACCUGAGCGACUUCGGGUUGCUGGAGCGGUGCUCGGCUCGCCAAACUACCUGCUGACCAUCUGCGCCUGCAUCUUCCACCUUGCCGAUUACGAUAUCUGCCUCAUUCUGUGUAAGAGGUUACUUCUGGGUUUCCCGUUCCCAUUGGUUCCGGUUCUGGUCGUGCUAUACACUGCGUGCUACGUCCAGCCCGACAUAGCCAAAUGGGAGACGUCUAGCAGGUUGAGUCAAAAACAAGCUUCGUCGUGAGACAUAAUUUUGUCCAAAACAGCAUUACAUCCCGAAAUAAUAAAACUGAACUUGGUUUCAUCAA